GUUAUAUCGCAUUGAUUAAAAGUAACGACAAAAUUCACUUUAGUUUAAUAGUUUCCUAGGUAUCAUUACUGGAUCAUCAAAAUCUUAACCUAAUCAAAGUCCAGUAAUUCCAGCAUACUAGCAUUUUAUUAUACAGUUAGAACGGUCAAUGGUUUUCUUAGAAUAUUUCUUAUAUAUAAAAUUAUUGUAAAAUGAUUCUUUUUUACAUUCACUUUAUUUAUUUAAUUGAAACCUUAUAAACGAAAGAACGGACGUUAAGUCCCGCAUCUUUCAAUACUAUCUUACUAUAUCAUACUGUAUUCAUCGUAUUCGCGCCGUCACCAUCGCACACAACAUACAUAUAGGAAACUAAUUUUUGUUAAUGUCCAUUAUUCUCGAUAGAUUCGCUAGUAUAGCACUAAUCCACGCUCCCUCGUGCUUUUCAAACACGAGACAAAAUUUAUUGACAAUUUAUCAUCGAUAUUUAACAAUGUACUUUACAAAUUGUCAUAUCCCUUAAUCGUAUCGUAUGAAAUUUCGUUUUAUCGAAUGAAAAUGUUUAUCGUCAUAGAAACUGUCAAACGUUCUGUGUCGUUUAGUGUUAGUGUUAUAUAGUUAAAACGUACAUUAACGACCGUGCUCUAUUAUUGUAAUUUAACAGCAAUGUCGACAGACUACACAGAACGAUAUAUUUUUGAGGCAGAAUGGUAUGACAAGGUUGCUUGUAUUUUGAAAAAAUUUUAUUUAUAUUAUUAUCCAGCAGACAAUACCGUGGAAUUGUUUGAUAUAAAGACAAAGAAAACAUUUUUGAGAAGAACCAAAUGCGAGGGUAUUAAAGCAAAAGAUUUUUAUGUUGGAGCAGUUAUAACAAUAUAUUCAAGGAACAUAAAAAUUAUUGACUUUGCCGAUAAGAGUACAAAGGCUAAAUUGCAAACAAUAACACAGAAAACCUUUGCAAUUAUAAAGCCUGAUGUAAUGAAUAAAAUGGGCGAAAUAUUGAAAAAUAUUAUAGCCCACAAUUUUCAUGUUGCAAAUAUUAAGAUGGUAAAACUUACCAAAGAGCAAGCAACAGAAUUUUGUAAAGGAAUAGAAUCAACUCAGUUGCCCACUGGAACUUUUAGGAGAUGAUGCUGUUGCACAAUGGCAGAAAUUAAUAGGCCCAGAAGAUAGCGAUGAAGCUCGUAAGGUUGCACCAUCCUCUUUAAGAGCAUGUUAUGGAAAGGACAAUAUUCAGAAUGGCAUUCAUGGCUCUGAGAAUCCAGAAGCA